GUUAUCAAUUUAUUAAUUUUGAUAACUUACUGUAACGGAUAAAAUGCUGUCAACACAACAAGGUGUCGGACGCUUUAAGAAAUAAUCAAAAGUGGAAUAUGUACAGGGUAUUCUUUUUCUUGACGCAUUUACUUAUUUUUACUGGAGAAUGUGUAGCGGAAGGCAACACCCAGACGGCUACAGAAGGGAGUAACCUUACUGUUUUCUGUGAUGGAGACACGCCCCAAAAAGGUCCUGUAUACUGGGAGAACAGACCGUUACAGUUUCACCAAGAUGGUGCAACUUUGUCUAUCCACCAUAUACAACGUAACUUCACAGGCCAAUAUGAUUGCUUUGAAGUGGACACUUCAACGAAUAAAUCGCGGAAAGUGUUUGGUGUUUUCGUCGAUGUUACUUAUCCUGCUAAAAUUUUAUCCGCGAACGUAUUCAAAAGUAGACUGAUAGAGGAAGAAACAUUUGCCACUGAAGUUUUAGUAGAAGGAAAUCCGUCGCCUGAAAUAAAAUUUACACAAUUGACAGAUGGUGAUGUUGUUUAUGAGGACAAUAAAGAUGGGAAAUUCAACAUCAGCUUUGUUGUCCACUGUCGAAACAUUGGCCGUUAUCUUCUGACUUGUUCCAAUGAUUUAAACUAUGACACUAUGCAUAUAAAUAUAACGGUUAUAUGCAAGCCCAAACCAGACCCAGAUCAUUUGACAAAUACGACAUUUAAGCCACGUCUCGGAGACUCUGUUGCUCUUAAAAUGACAGCCAUCGGAUAUCCACCUCCUAACUUUCAAUGGUGGCAUAACGGUGUGCAACGGGACAGUGCAGACACUAACUUAAGUAGUGUGCUAACAAUAAAUCCUGUAGCAGUUCUGGAUUUUGGAACAUACACUCUCAACGUGUCUAACGAAGGCGGAUACUUUGUCAAAGUCUUCGAAAUUCUUGCAUAUGGACCACCAUCUCCUGUUACGCAUCUUAGUUUAACGACAGUCUCAACGACAAAUGCUUCACUUUCCUUUUUAACCGGCUUCGAUUACAACGACACACAAACUUUUGUAGCAAUGAGAUAUCAAAACGGAAUCAUGACAGAGUUGAACAGCGUAAAUGAUGACUUUCCGGAUGACGGGCAGAAAACAUAUAGUUUCACUGUCGAAGGAUUGACUGCACUGACGAAAUACAAUAUAACUGUGGUAUCCAGAAAUAGCAGGGGAAUGUCCUCACCGGCACAAAAUUAUAUCACAUUCUUGACAGAGGGUGCCCCGAAAUCGGACCCGGACAAGACAAUUAUAUAUAAAUACAAACCACGUGUUGGAGAAAAUGUCCAGUUGGAAAUGUUUUCCAUAGGUAAUCCGGCACCGUAUUACACAUGGGAACACGCUGGCAAACAAGUGCAACACGUAGAUAAUUCAUCAUAUUCUGCUGUUAAUCUGCAUGCGAUUGAACCAGAAAGCUACGGGGCAUACAUUGUCACAAUGAGUAAUUCUGUCGGGACAAGUGUAUACAACUACUUUAUAGAAGCUGACGGGCCACCAUCUCCUGUUACGUGUCUUAGUUUAACGGCUGUGUCAACGACAAGCGCUUCACUUUCUUUUAUAUCCGGCUUUGAUUACAACGACACACAAAUAUUUGUAGCAAUGAGAUAUCAAGAUGGAAAAAUGACAGAGUUGUACAGUGUGAAGGAUACAUUUCCGGAUCAAGGGCAGAAAAGCAUCAAUGUUAUUAUCAAAGGAUUAAAUGUACUGACAAUGUAUAAUUUAACUGUGGUAUCAAGAAAUAGCAGAGGAAGCUCUCCGCCAGCACUAAAUGCUGUCACCUUCUUGACAAAAGGUACACCAGCAUCUGAUCCGGACAAGACUAUCAUAUAUAACUACAAACCACGUGUUGGAGAAAAUGUCAAACUGGAAAUGUUUGCCAUAGGCAACCCGGUACCGACAUACACGUGGCAACAUGGCGGAAAAGAUGUUCAACAUACGGAUACAGCAUAUUACUCCGCUGUUGAUCUUGGAAUUGGACCAGAAAGCUUUGGAACAUAUACUAUCCUAAUGAGUAAUUCUGUAGGGAAAAAUACAUACAACUACUUAAUUGAAGCUGAUGGACCGCCAGAUGCUGCAAGUGGGCUUUAUGUAGGAGAUGUAUCUACCACCGCUGCCUCUCUGUCAUGGAUCCCUGGAUUUGAUUAUGGCAGUACACAAACAUUCAUUGUCGUCGAUCCGUACCAAGAGCUGGAUUCAUUUGUGUCAGAAGAUCACACGCUGGAUCGUGUUACCCGUACUAUUUAUCAGUUGCAAAGUGACACAACUUAUGUCGUGCAAAUCAAAUCCAGAAACAACAAUGGGGAAGCUGCAAGUUUAUCAAAUGCGGUUCAGUUUCAUACAAAAGUCCCAGUAACCCCUUCUCCACCAAAACCAACACCUGCACCAUCAGGAGCAAACACAGUUGCUGAAGCAUGUUAUCCGUGUGUACUGACCCUUGUAGGGAUGGAAUACCUGCUACAUUCCAUAUAUUCAACUGUUUAAAUGUGCUAAUUUAAAAUAUGAUUUUCUAGCCCAGAAAAUUUAUUGUUUCAUGCUUGCAUAUGUAUUAUGACCUGAAGUAAUUAUAAACUUUUCACAGCUAUUUAUGGUAUUUCUAGCCGAUGUGACUUAAGAGCAUUGUCCAAUAAAAUCCAAGUGCGGCAUCAGAACGUUUUAAAUAAUGUUUUUAGGAUCGUCAUGUUGGCUGGGGUAAAGAAGCACAAAUGUCUGAAUCAAAAACCACCACCAUAUGUUUUUGCGUUAGUACUAUGGUGGCAUAAAUUUUUUGUGAUUUCUUGAUUUGUUUUGUUGUUUUAUGUUGGUUUUUUUAUUUAUUAUUCCAUAUCUAUAUAAUACCCGUUUGAUUAUAAACAAGUUCAAAUGUGCUUUACAUCAAUAUAAACAUAUACACAGACAACAGUAGCCACUUGAGCACGCCAAUGCAUCUUUCAUCGAUGCGGAUACUGAGCAAUCAGACCAAAGGAACAGAGCGGAAAAAAAAACCCAGAACGAACUCACAGACAUACAUAGAGAGGUAUUUUAGUUACAGGCAUGUCUGGCUAACUGACCCUAGCUAUUUGUGAAUAGAGAGGCCGUUUUGUUCCUGAUGUAGAGCAUCAGUACAUACGAAGUCCUAUCUCCCGGAAAGCUCUUAGUUGGGUGAGGGACAUUUGAGAAUAUCUCAGUGCCUUGACCAUGAUUCGAACCCGGACCUCUGGAUUGGCAAUCAAAAGUAUUUUAAUAUUUUGCCGAUGACGCUUUUAUUUAUUGUUAAUUAAAAUGAAAAAGUAGAAAUGAUACUACACUACUGUUGUAAAUUGAAAAAAAAUAUAUAUAAAGCAUACAUUUUCAUCAAGGCAUAUGUACAUGUACAUUUUUAGUUAUGAAAAAUAGAUGAAAAUUAAACAUGAUUUAUGCUUGUUGGUUAGUGGUUUAAAUAAGUUAUAAAAUAUAUAUAAUCAGGAUUUUUUACAUAGAUUUUAACUUAUUAGUUCGCAAUUAUACGUAUUUCAUAGUAAACAUCUGUUUAUAAGAAGCAAUGUUAAUUUUUUACCAGAGAGGUGCUCAAAGACAUUAAAUUCUAUUUAACAAAUAAAAUUCCUAUGUUAUGUUUCGUUAAAGUAAAAUAUGUCUCAUUCAAAAUAGAUGCUCCGGUAUAAUCCUGUACGAAAUGUAUGCCAGAAAUAUCAGUGUUUUCACAGUAUUGUGUAAAGGGUCACAGAAUAUGGUGCUGACAGCCUGUACAACAUGACAAAAAUUUUGAAAAGAGUUGAAAUGAGAGGGGUCAUUGAUAUCGCAGCCAUACAUUACAUCAAUGUAACAAUCAAAGUGUUUUUCAAUAGUACCCUAGUAUCUUAGUUUAGAAAAACACAGUAAGAAAUUUAGUAAAUGAGCGCAAGAAUAUCAUACCGUGUUACCAUGUCAAUCCAGGCUGAUCUUUUCUGCAUGGCAUUUUGUGUUAAAAAGCCCGUAUGCAAACGCGAAAAAAAUCGCCUUUAAAGUUUGUUAGAAUGAACUGAAUUAAACAGUUUAUUUAAACUAUGAAAUGUUGCGCUAAGUUUAAAAAUCGCAACCUCUCUUACUAAUAUGUCUUGUUGUAUCAAGAGUACUGUUGUCGCUGUUUGUUUUAUUCAAAUUAUCACCUACACAGAGAAAUCACUUUGUCAAAUUCUAUGACAUUGCUUUCCGCUGAGUACUUAAUAACACCACAUUAUUUUAUCUGUUUUUAGAUGGUAUUAUUGGAAACAUUUCGCGUGACACUUUCUUCUAUUUCCUGUUGGCCUCCGUGAUAUCCAAUAGCUCUUCCAAAUAUUUAUAUGUC